UGUAGGCAGCAUAAGAGGAAAGGACGGGUGGCAUCACAUUUUCAUCGGAUUUGGAAACUGGGACUGAUAUAGAAAAAGAACAAAAGUGGACGUGUGAGGCUGGAAACAAUGGAGAGAAUGUUUAGAUCAUCUAACCGUGGCUGGUUUGUUUUUUAUUUCGCCAUCCUGCUGAUUGUCGCGGAACAAGUUCUGGCUGAACUGAGGUACUCCAUCCCAGAAGAGGUAAACGAAGGAACCGCUGUGGGAUACAUUGCAAAAGAUCUUGGUUUGGAUAAAGCCUCAUUGGUUGAUCGUCGGUUUCGUGUGGUGCCUGGAUCCAAGGAGGCGUAUUUUGAGGUGAAUUCAGACAACGGCGCUUUACAGGUUCGCAGAAAAAUUGACAGAGAGGAGAUUUGUCACGGUAGCGGCGCAUGCCUAAUGGAGCUGAAAAUUCUCGUUGAAAACCCCUUGGAGAUGCACCAUGUUGUUGUCGAUAUAGCAGAUGUAAAUGAUCAUUAUCCCAGCUUUUCUGAAAACGAACAAAUGUUUGAAAUAGGAGAACAGUCAUCACUAGGAACAAGAUUUCAGUUGGAUGCGGCCCGCGAUCCGGAUGCUGGAAUAAACUCCAUCCGCACGUACACAUUAACGUCAAAUGAUCAUUUUGAUAUUGAGGUAAUCCAGAGUGAGGAGGAGAAAGUGCCAUAUUUAGUAUUAAAAAAAUCCCUAGACAGAGAACAAAAGAAAAAGCACAUGUUUAUUUUAACAGCGGCCGAUGGAGGCAAGCCUCCAAAAUCGGCGACACUUAAUAUUUCCAUUAUUGUCCUUGAUAGUAAUGACAAUCGCCCGGCAUUCAAUAAAGAGAUUUAUCAAAUUGAAAUUCAAGAGAAUGCAUUAGUUGGCACAACUCUUACAACGUUAAAUGCAACAGAUCCAGACGAAGGAACAAAUGGAGAUAUAGAGUACAGCCUCAGCAAAGCUGCGGCUGAACUGAGAUACUCCGUUCCAGAGGAGGUGAAAGAGGGAACCGUCGUUGGAAAUAUUGCCAAGGAUCUUGGUCUGGAGAAAGCACAUUUAACUGAUCGACGCCUGCGUAUUGUUUCGGGAUCUGAAAAUACUUUUUUCAGUGUUAACACGAAUAACGGCGCCUUACAGGUUCGUAGACAAAUUGACAGAGAAGAGCUAUGUCACGGUGGUGGCGCAUGCUUACUGGAGCUAAAGAUCAUCGUUGAAAACCCGCUAGAAAUGCACCACGUUGUUGUGGAGGUUACAGAUGUAAAUGAUCACUCCCCAAGUUUCCUAGAGAAACAGCAACAUUUUGAAAUAGCCGAACAUACGGCUCCCGAAACGCGAUUUCAGCUCCAAGUGGCCAAUGACCCCGAUUUAGGCUUCCAAGUUGUCGCCACUGAUUCUGGGACUCCGUCACUCAGCAGCAACGUCACAGUGAACGUGUUCAUUCUGGAUCAGAACGACAACGCUCCAGUCAUCCUGUAUCCACUCAGCUCCAAUGGUUCUGCUGAAGGUGUGGAGGAGAUUCCACGUAACGUGAACGCAGGACACUUGGUGACUAAAGUCAGAGCCUAUGACGCUGAUAUAGGAUAUAAUGGCUGGUUGCUGUUUUCACUGCAGGAAGUUWCUGACCACAGBCUGUUUGGUUUGGACCGCUACACAGGACAGAUCAGAACACUUCGCUCMUUCACAGAGACAGABGAGGCUGARCAUAAACUGGUCAUACUGGUCAAGGAUAAUGGCAACGUUUCCCUCUCAGCAACAGCUACUGUGAUUGUUAAACUGGUUGAACCCAAAGAGGCUUUUGCAGCUUCUGAUGUUAAAAGUGCAGCAAAGGAUGACGAAGGUGACGAUGUGACUUUUUACCUGAUGAUCACGUUGGGCGCAGUUUCAAUUCUGUUUAUAAUCAGUAUCAUCGUGCUGAUUGCAAUGCAGUGCUCCAAAUCCACAGACUAUACUUCUAAAUAUCUCCAAGAAGCUAAUUAUGAUGGGACACUGUGUCACAGCAUCCAGUACAGAUCUGGAGACAAAAGGUACAUGUUAGUUGGACCCAGAAUGAGUAUUGGAUCUACUAUUGUACCUGGAAGUCAUGCAAACACACUAGUGCUUCCUGAUAGGAGGAGAACAUCUGAGGAGGCUGCGGCUCAACUGAGGUACUCAGUUCCGGAGGAGGUUAAAGAGGGRACCGUCAUUGGAAAUAUUGCGAAGGAUCUUGGUCUGGAGAAAUCACAUUUAACGGAUCGACGGCUACGGCUUGCUUCUGGAUCCGAAAACACAUUGUUUGAUGUUAAUUUGGAUAACGGAGCAUUACAGACUUUCCAGUUCCAAGUUGUCGCCACUGAUUCUGGGACUCCGUCACUCAGCAGCAACGUCACAGUGAAUGUGUUCAUUCUGGAUCAUAACGACAACGCUCCAGUAAUCCUGUAUCCACUCAGCUCCAAUGGUUCUGCUGAAGGUGUGGAGGAGAUUCCACGUAAUGUGAACGCAGGACACUUGACUGCUGCUGAACUGAGGUACUCUGUUCCGGAGGAGGUUAAAGAGGGGACCAUCAUUGGGAAUAUUGCGAAGGACCUUGGUCUGGAGAAAGCACAUUUUACUGAUCGACGGCUACGAGUUGUUUCCGGAUCAGAAAGCACACUGUUCGAUGUAAACAUGGAUAACGGUGCCCUGGAGCUGAGCACACUACACUCGGCACACGAUUUCAGCUUCAAGCUGCCCGCGACCCCGAUGCCGGAGUGA